CAAUUACCCUUUAUUUUUACGGGGGCCGUCCGCCUACACUCCAUACCGAAUCCAUCCAUCCACAGCGACUCGUCCACAUAUCGUAAUCUGUACCUCAACAACCUACCCAGAACCCUACCUCCACCAGAAAUUGCUUACCGCCUUGGUCUUCCUCGAUCACAUAACACCAACCUCACCAAGGACCACCGGCUUAUUUGCCUACCUGUCCGCCUUUGUCUCUUUUCUUUUUCUUUUUCCCCCUCCCUCUCUCGGUGCCUCUUCCGCCUCUACUCGCCGUUACACUACGUCUCUCCCUCCCUCUCUGCCCGUCCGCCUAUCCCCGAGUUGGCAUUGCUACCGUGUUCUGAACGCGACGUCGUCGGUGCCCCUUUGCUCUAUCCGUCCUCGCCGUCUACCUUCGUUAGGUAGUCUGGUAUAUCCCGCUCGCUCGGCAACCCGGCCUCCUUGCAUUUCCUACCGCUACGAUGGAGUUGGAUCCCAAGUACGACCACUAUGACUACCCUACCGUCGCCCCUGAUCCGAAGCCUGGCCAUCCGGGCAACUUGACCGAGGCUCAGCAGGCCCAGGUGCACCAGCUGCGCAUGCUGCUCGAGAGCGAAGGAUACACCAAGCGUCUGGAUACACUAACGUUGCUACGGUUUCUGCGAGCCCGAAAAUUCGAUGUAAACCUGGCCAAGAAAAUGUUCGUCGACACUGAAAAGUGGCGAAAGACUAUCCUCUACGCCGGCCAGCCCCUGAAGAUCAACGGCGAGAUCGUCGUGCUCGACGAAGAAGUGGGCGAGUGGGACAAGGAUGGGUCUUUCAAGAGAAAGGUCUCCAAGUACUACCCCCAGUUUUACCACAAGACAGACAAGGAUGGCCGACCGGUCUACAUCGAACAGCUCGGCAAGAUCGACAUCGUCGCCAUGAAGAACGAGGGUAUCGAGUACGAGCACAUGUUGACCAACCUCGCUGUCGAGUACGAGAAGAUGGCCGACCCCCGGCUGCCUGCUUGCUCACGCAAGGCUGGCCACCUGCUCGAGACGUCCUGCACCAUCAUGGAUUUCAACGGCGUCGGCUUCGGCAACGCCCGUCAGGUCUUUGGCUAUAUCCAGGAGGCCUCCGGCAUGAGCCAGAACUACUACCCUGAGCGCCUCGGCCGCAUGUACCUCAUCAACACCAACUGGCUCUUCACCGGUGUCUGGCGCAUGGUCCGCCCCCUGCUCGACCCUGUCACCGUCGAGAAGAUCAACGUCCUCGGGUCCAACUACCAAAAAGAACUGCUCGCUCAGAUCCCCGCCGAGAACCUGCCGAAGGAGUUUGGCGGUACCUGCGAGUGCGAGGGCGGCUGCGGGCUUAGCAACGCCGGCCCCUGGUGCGAUCCUCAGUAUGCCCGGCCUGCCUGGUGGGAGGAGGGCGGGGAAGCGAUCAAGAAUGAGGCCACGGAGAUCGGAUCUGGUCCGGGUGCUGCUUAGAUACAAUUAGGGUAAAAAUGGAAAAGGGCAGGGGGCUUCAUUCCGGAGAGACGAAGCGGGGCGUAUUUAGUCGGGAGUGUGAGUUUUUUCCAGAUAGAACGGCUUUGUAGCAUCCCGGAUAGGGUGAGGGAGGGAGGCUACAGACAUCACCACGCUCGCGUGCUCUUAAUUUCGGACAGCGAUUUUUCGCCCCGUUCGACGCCAGGGCGCGUCCCCGUUUAUAUACGCACAUAUAUACAACCUUGGCCUUCCACAUCACUUCUUUUUCUUCCUCCACUGCAAACCCCAGUGUGUAAGUCGCCUUACGCCGGCGACGGACACUAACAAGCUGCCGAGACGCAAUAACCAUUCAGUGUCUAUAGAGAAUACAUCGCUGUCGUCGAAAUCGAGGCUUCUAUCGUAGGUAUGGCGGUAAUUAUAAUGGAUGGGAAGGAUAAAUACGACCGAAGUCCCCGAGGCAGCAGGCGGAGGACGAACUAGGGGAUACUGAGUGGCUCGGCUGUCGAGACGAAACGAGGACUGCGUCUGCGA